UCGCCUGAAACAACUCCGCCGACAACACAGAGACCUAAGCCGGCACCAUCACCGUCGCCGCGGCCUCGUCCAGCUAAGCGCACAGGCCGAAUUCGCCGCCCGAAGAAGGGCUCGCUGCGUGACAUCCUCCGCCAAAAUGCUGGGACCUCACUCUUCUUGCGACCCAUCGGUUGGACGGAUCUCCACGCUAGCCUGCUCGGAGUCCGUUUCUGUGAGCUGCCGGUCUGCGACACACCGCGGCCAUGCACCCUGCCGGGCUCUCCGCCAACACAGGGCCAUAUGCGACCGUCGUGCACCAUCACCAAGCUGAGCGAUGCGCUGACAGAGAUCCUCCUACCAUCUUCAGCGCUGCCUAAGCCGACAUCCACAGCCGUCAAGGCUGUCUUGACGACACUUUGGCCAGCAGCCUUUGCGAAACCGCAGCUGUUCCCGGAACUCAACCUGUAUUAUGGUGACAAAGUCUAUUUUGACGCCGUUAGAGUACAGGCCUUGUGGAACUUCCCGCCAAAUCCUUCAGCCUUGUCAUCACAGAGCUCCGUCGCAACAAUAGCAACCCGCCCUGCUGAAUCUUAUGGCUCCUCGUUAUCGACACCUCACUCUACGGCAAAUUUGCCGAUGCUGUGCUACAUAGGGAAGAAUCAGCUGGCAUCCAUACGCCAAAAUAUAUUUCGUGUAGCUAUCGGUCCGGACAACAACCCGAAUAUCCCUGUGCAACGACUACAACAGCUUCGGGGGAAGCGUCUUCUCCCGGCAAAUGCUGAUCAAGAUCCACAUUUUGUCGGCAUCUUCUUAGCCAUGGCCCAGCGGCAUUUCUACAAUGCGCCGGCGCAAUUGUUCGCAAGAGAGACGUAUUGGCCCCCACGAAAAAACGAGUCUCGCAGACCCGACUUCCAAGAUGUCAAGAUGAGGAUUCUGAGUCAUGAUACUGAGACUUGCGAAUUCCUGGUUUACACGGGUUAUGUAACGGCCAAAUUCCUCGACCGAUUCUAUGACCCAUCCAGUGCCCCAUGCGAUGAGGAUGGCAAAAUUGCGGGAAUGAAGAUUGAGCUUACCCGUGUCCCCAUUUGGCCCAUCCUGGGACUGCGGGAACGGCUGGGCAAAGCCCUAGGAGAUGACAUUGUGGGCUCGUUUGACCCAGAGUAUAUGGAGACAUGGGAAGAUGAC